CUCGAACUCAAUUUACUUUGUACCUGCCAAUAGGGCAUUUUGUCACUCAAUACAUGCAGCAUUAGUCAACUUUUAUCCUUAUACCGGAAUUUUCUACUUGUCUGCAGGUCCACCAUCUUCUUGAAUUUGAAAAAGGGUUUGGCUAAUCUUGUCCUCUCAUGGCGUUCUUGCUAGCAUUGCUGUACUUUUUGAGCAUCUUCUCGUCGACUUACAUUCUUGGCCAAGAUCACAGCUAUGCUCCCCAGAAUGCAGAAUGCCCAUCAACUUCUCUGAUUCGCGCAGCAGGUACCGUUACAUCUAGAAACCAAGCUUUGGGAACCAAAGAGUCGCUAUACAUACGGGAGCGCCGGAAAGCGGUUGUGGCGGAUGCUUACGAGGACUAUAUGAAGAACGUGGAAUCAUCUAUGAGGCGGAACCGAGCUCGGCUUCCGGAGUAUGUCAAGAGAAUUCUUCUUGGCCCAUCUGAUCAUCUUCCAAGAGUCUCUGGCGCCAUGUCUGGUGGUGGUUUACGCGCAAGCUUUGUUGGAGCUGGAAUUCUGAACGCGCUGGAUGGCCGAAAUCAGACCUCCGCGAGCAAGGGCACUGGAGGGCUCCUUCAAGUUAUGGAUUACCUCACUGGUUUAAGCGGCGGGGCCUGCUUAGUGAUGUCAUUGUCACAAGCCAACUUUCCAAGCAUUUACGAGCUCACUCUGGGCUCCGACACUGAUGCAACCGAAGGCUGGCUGGCUGAGAUGAAUUUUGUAGCCCCCGCAGGGUUGAAUAGGAUAUUAGAAAACCCCCUUUUCUUAGACACCAAAUGGUGGGUAGCCCUGGGCGCUCAAGUGAGCCAGAAAGCGCUUGCGGGCUUUGAGGUCAGUUUGGGUGAUGUCUACUCCCGUAUUCUGGCAUAUCACUUUGUCAACGGAACGACCAGGGAAAAUUUCUUUGACCCUCAAGCUGAACACGGGCUCGAAGAAAGGCUUUCUGAUCUAUCGAGCCGAGAUUCAAUAAAAAGCUACUCGCAGCCAUUCCCGAUCAUUACAUCAGUUGCGGAGUCGCCUGGUCAGGGUCCAAUAAUCCAGAGAGGCGAUGCGGUACCGCUCAGCAACAAUCAAUACGAGUUUAAUAUGUAUGAAUCUGGCUCUUGGGAUCCUAACCUUGCCAGCUUCAUCGAAACAUCCUAUCUGGGAAGCCCGCUCGAGAACGGUCGACCUUCUGGAGCAAAAGGAUGUGUGAAGAAAUUUGAUAACUUAGGUUUUCUGGUGGCGGCUUCUUCCAACAUCUUUCGCAAGUACGAUGCGUUUGCAACCCUCUUUCAGCCUAAAGCCUAUCGCUCGUUUUUACCAGCACUCAAGGGAGUUCUUUCGUUGAUCCCAAAUCCAUUUUAUGGUUUGGGUACAUCCGAAUAUCUUGACCGAAACAGCAAAACUUUGCAGUUAAUGGAUGGCUCAUUUGGAGGUGAAAACAUCCCAUUUGCGCCCUUGCUAGUUCCAGCUCGAGAAGUCGAUGCCAUAGUGGCCUUCGAUGCUAGCGAUGAUGUUAAUGGAUGGCCCGAUGGCACGUCACUCAAGGCGACGUCACGUCGUUCAAAACUAUUAUCCAAUGAUGUGUACCCGUUCCCUCGUAUUCCAGAAUCUCUUUCUCAGAUUAAGAUCACUCGGCCCACGUUCUUUGGAUGUGAUGAACCUGAAGUGCCUCUAGUAAUUUACAUCCCCAAUUCACCAUCUACGGACGGUUCUACAGAAGCAACCAACUUGCCAACCGCCUCACUCGAAGUCUCGCAGUCUCGGGCUUUUUCACUCAUUGAAGGUGGCACGAAGCUUGCGAGUCGUGGAAUAUCCAACGAUCCUCUUUGGCCUGGUUGUUUGGCCUGUGCAGUGGUUGAGAGAAGUAGAGAAAGAUCAGACGAGCAACGUCAGGGCAUCUGUUCUAAUUGCUUCCAACGUUAUUGUUUCCAUUCAAUGUGAUGGUUCCACAUUUCAUUUAACAAUCAAAUUAGAAUCAAGAAAUAAAUGUUGCAACUCCACAUAGGGGUUCCCCUUGCUUGCUGCACACAAGCAUGCGAAGCUCUGAUGUCUUUUUUUUCUGAUUCCAUUCGUAACAAUGGCAACUCAGUAUCAAAC